AUGGAGCAUCAUCAGGCGACCCUGGAGAAGUUGGAGAUGCUUGAGGAGGGCGGGAAGCCGGGCGGAGAGAAGUAUCUCAAAGAGAGCUCCCAGGCCUCUUUGAUGGACGAUGUCGUGGAGGAGCCCGUGGCUUUCCUCGAGACGGCCUGGAACCUGGUCCUUGUCUUGGGCCACACCGACUGUGGCUUGCUGGACCUGGCGAUCGCCUGCUUUCUCUGGCUCGCCAGCGGUUUGAUGCAAAUCUCCUUCUUCGUCAUCCUUCUCUCGGAAGAUUUUCUUGGAGAGCCCUUUGGGAAACAGGUGGAGGUGGCGAAAGCAUGGCGCGAGUCCAUCGCGCACGACUUCAAGCACAUGGACCUUGGUGACGAGAGCCUCGUGUCCCGCGUGUGCCGCGCCGACCGCACGCUGAUUCUGUCGACCCCACAGAUGCAGAUGCUGGACCAGAUCAAUGCCUUCAUCGGCCUGGGCACCGCCGAUUUCGAGGCGCCCUACUUCCAACCAGGCGUUCUCCUCUGCAUGAUGUGCAUCCUGCUUUGGUGCUUGUACCUCCUCAACGAGUUCCGACUCGUGGUCUUCUCCCUGGAGGCCGUCUCCCAACUCCCCCGGGGGCCUCGCACCUUGUGGCGAAGGCGCGGAAGCUUCCAGACGAUCUCCUAUGGCCGCUUUGCCGUCUACUGCCUCAUGCGCCUGUCGCGCUUCUUCAUCGCCGUGGGCCUCCUCUACGCGGGCGUGCAGUGGCUGGCCGGCACGAUCUCCAUCACCGAGCUCAUCCUGAAUGCGGUGGCCUUGUCCGCCGUCUUGCAGAUCGACGAGAUGGUCUUCGCGGCGCUGAUGCCGAAGAAGAUCCAGAUCUGCAUCCAAGACCUAGAGGCCAUUAAGGUGCGGUACAGCAAAGGGCGAAGUCAGACGGAGUCCCUCAUCCUCGUCGUGGCGAUUUCGCUUCUCAUGCUGUGGCCGUGGACACACAAUGUAGGGCCACUGAGCUGGGACAUGAUUGAAGUCAAACGCCAGUACUGUGGGGGCACUCAGAACUUCGUGGUGGCGGACAAUCAAGUCCAGGGGAUCACGGUGGGACUGGUGACCUCGGAUUAUGCCUCCGCCCAAAGCGACCACCACCUCAACCAGACUUCCCUCAUCCGCUUCGCAGUGAGCCGGCACAUUUGGCAGGAGCCACUCGGAACUUCGAACUACAUCCGAUUCGGCAAGGAUCGAUCCGACUUUGUGACUGCCAGAGACAUGACGAUGUAUACACGCAACUUCCAUGACAGCCUCUGCAUUGACUUUGACGAGAUCUUUCUGGGCAAUGCUACCCAUGAGCUUCAGGAGUUCUACCGCCCAUACUUCUACUCGGCCAGCUUCGGAUCAGGAUUUCCAGAUGGGGCCAGCUGCGCGGAGAUGGCGCACCUCUGCCACUCCCUCGUCCCCGAGGGGCGCCUCGUGCGGCACGUGCAGCACGCAAAUCCGACGCUGAAGGUUCUGGGUGAGGGAUGCUCGAAGACUUGCUUCUCUGAGCAAGACACCGCGAUGCGCUUUACGGCCUGCAAGGACGUGGACCUGGAAGAGACGCCCCACCUCCGGGAGGAAUGGGAGGCGUUCUGGGACAGCUACAUGCCGAUGGUGGAGCAGAGGGUGGGAGUCAACUUCAGCAAUCCCUCUUUGAGCUUCCUUCCGGAGUUCCUGGCCCACGUCAAGAACGUCGGCGACCUGGUGCCCGCAGACCUGCGGCUGCCACACCUCCGCCACGCUGCCGGAAUGGAUACAGCGAUCUUCCCGGCCGACCUCCCUGUCAGUGACUGUGCACAAGCUCAUCAACUGGGCUUUUGUGGGGUGUUUCCAGUGGAAGCCGCUGUGCUUUGCGCCGCCACCUGCGACGCUUGCUCAGCCCUGCACAACAACGGCACGAUUGUGUGA